AUGAGUGAUUAUGAUAAUUGGUCAUUAGACGGUUUACGAGAUGAAUGUCAGGAACGGCAAAUAGAAUUUAGUUCAAAAGACGGUGUUAAAACUCAGUCUUCAAAAUUAAGAACAAAUGAUAAAUUGUCAGAUGUAGUUGUUAAGUCUGGGGAAGUGCAGAAAGAGUGUAAGAACAUCGAAAUGGGGACUGACAGAGAGAUUUUGGAGCAAUCUAAAUUACCAUCUAAAACAAUAAGUGCCCAAAGUGAUUUCAAUAUUAGCCAUGACUAUGGCGUGAAGGGUGAAAUUCCCCAGGAUCCCAUGAGUUUUGAAAGCAUGCAAAGCCGUGAACAAAGGGGAUCCUUAACCUUUGAAGAAAGAAUGACUCUAUUGCGCUUUGAAAGAGAGAUGGCAUUAGCGCGAGAAGAAUUUGAAGUGAGAAGUGAGGAGCGUAGACGACCGGCUAGAAUGGAAGAUAAAGCGUUUGAGUUAGAGUUAGAAAGGGAGCGAGAGAAAGACAAGACAUGA